GAUUCCCCUCGCACUUUCGGGCACCCAACACCUCCUGAUAAUACCUCUGCAUUGAAACCUGCAUGUUCCCCUCCUCCUCUUCCCCCUCUUGAUCAUCCCGAGUUGGCAGCUGCGCUUGCAGCUCGGAAUAAGGUUGCAAACGCAACUCAGUCUGCAUUUUUCAACACUCCCCCGAGGCGAUCGUGUCGAGACCCAUUCACACUCAUGCCCUCAACUUUUGCUCGUCCGCAUGGAAAGCGUGCGAGUUUUCCGGGAAUAAGAGAGGUAUUUGAUACUGGGACACAAGAACAAGAGCAACAACGUAAGACCCAUGUCCAGCAACCGUCAGACAGACGCCGAACAAGGACAGUCCCUGGAAGACCACAAAACUUGCGACGGUAUAGUGCUGAGUGGAGUGCUCAGCAAGCGGUCAGCGGAAUCACCUCUUCCUGCGAUCGGACCUGGCCUGCAGAGGUUUCCAGGGAAAUUCUGCGCUUGUCUUUGGGCGAAGGGCCAGCAACAGGAGGCGGUCCCGGAGGUGUUUCGGGGUCCUCGGCUAAAAACAAA